AUGGUGACGACGAUGGGGCACGUGGUGGCGCUGCUCUCCGCGGCUCUCUCCGGCGGGGCGGUCGGUAAGGUGGCGGAGGAGCAAUGCCGCGGCUGCAGUCGGCACGACGACCACCACCACUUGACGUCCGCGGGCUGCUGCGUGUGCAUAUCGAGGUUCCGCGACGGGGAGGAGAUACGGCGGCUGCCGUGCGGCCACGCGUUCCACCGGGUCUGCGUCGACCGGUGGCUGGCGCUGUGCCGGCGGACGUGCCCGCUCUGCCGCCUGCACGUUGGCGGCGUGGCGGCGGUGGCGGCGGACGAGCACCAGCUCAGCGACGAUCUUGCCGUCUGGUUCUCUUCUCUAUUUGUCGCCGGAUUGUAG